AUGAAGAUACUCAUUCUCGGAGGCACCAGCUUUGUCGGCCGUCACACUGCCGAGGAGGCCCUCGGGCGUGGCCACGAUGUGACGGUAUUUAACCGCGGCCAUUCGGCCACACCAGAGGGCGCCACUGCCAUCGUCGGCGACCGCCUGGCAAAGGACGGAUACGCGAACCUCAAAGGCCACUCCUUUGAUGCCGUUGUCGACACAUGGGCGACAGACCCCGCCGCCGUCGAGUCUGCGGUGGAGGCCCUCCGCGGCCAGGUCAAGCACUACAUCUACGUCUCGACCAUCAGCGUGUACAACUUUGAGGGCGCGCCGAGGCCCUACUCCGAGGACACGCCGCUCUUUGAUCCCGAGAAGACCGAGGUGCAAUACUUCAAGGACAAGGUCCGCGGAGAGCGCUUCGCCCUGCAGUCAGGCGUGCCGACCGCGCUGAUCCGCCCGGGCGUCAUCCUCGGGCCCUUUGAGAACAUCUGGCGCCUCCCCUGGUGGCUCAAGCGCAUGGCCAGGGGAGGCAAGACGCUCGCGCCCGGGCCCAAGGACAUGGACCUGCAGUUCAUCGACGCGCGAGACCUGGCGCGCUUCGUCGUCGACGUCGCGGAGCAGAAACUCGACGGCGCGUAUAACCUCCUCUCGGAGAGGGCGCAUAUAUCCAUGGGCGAUUUCUUGGAGACUGCGAAUAGCGUCACGGGCGGGAAGGCGGAGCUGUGCUGGCUGGAGAUGAACAAGGUCAAGGAGGCGGGUAUCGGGGACUGGGUCGAGAUGCCCAUGUGGGUUGCGAAGCCGGAAGCGAAGGAUCGACCUGCGUACCAGGUGGAUGUGAGCAAGGCGAUCAAGGCGGGCUUGAAGAUUCGCCCGGCGAAGGACACGAUUGCGGAUACGUGGGAGUGGGUGAAGACCCUGGAUGGAUUGCCUGACAGUAUCAGGGUCGGCCUUGAUGCAGACAAGGAGAGGCAGGCCCUGGAGAAGUACUGCAGUUAG